UUGACACCAGGAAAAGUAGCGGGUGGUGGAUAUCACUGGGGAGCGUCCUGUGGGCAGGCCGAUGCUUACGGGCUCGGGCUUCUUUCUAAAACAACCACCUUCACACUUCUUGCUGGAUUUCUGGGUUAGGGCGGGGCUUGUGUGUUUUACCUCCGGGUCCCGCAGUACGACACCGGAAGCCGGAAGUUGGAAUUUUAGCCACGGGAGAAGGGCAGAGCUACUACGGAAUCGGGACUUUCUUGGAGUGACGGCGCCCGAGGAUCGCUCGGGGCCCGCUGCUCCGGCCCAUCUCACGUCGGACGGAUUCUGCUGACAGACCUUGACUUGUUGGAUGAUCAGGCCCCCCUGGAAGAGCCAGCUCUGUGAGAUGGUGCAGCCCAGCAGUGGCCCGGCCGGGGACCAGGACGUGCUGGGUGAAGAAUCUUCUCUGGGGAAGUCGGCCAUGCUCCACCUGCCUUCAGAGCAGGGUGCUCCCGAGACCUUCCAGCACUAUCUGGAAGAGAAUCAAGAGCUCCGAGAUGCCAUCCGGCAGAGUAACCAGAUGCUGAGAGAAUGCUGUGAGGAGCUGCAGCGUUUUCAAGGCAGCCAGAGGGAGGAGAAGGAGUUCCUCAUACAGAAAUUCCAGGAGGCCAGGAAACUGGUGGAGAGACUGAAUCUGGAGAAGCUUGACCUGAAGAGGCAGAGGGAGCAGGCCCUGCAGGAGGUGGAGCACCUAAAGAGAUGCCAACAGAUGGCCGAGGACAAGGCCUCGGUGAAAGCCCAGGUGACAUCCUUGCUGGGGGAGCUCCAGGAGAGCCAGAGUCGCUUGGAGGCUGCCACCAAGGAUCGGCAGGCUCUGGAGGGCAGGGCCCGGGCAGCCAGCGAGCAGGCCCGGCAGCUGGAGAGCGAGCGGGAGGCACUGCAGCAGCAGCACAGCGUGCAGGUGGAUCAGCUGCGCAUGCAGAACCAGAGUAUGGAGGCUGCCCUGCGCAUGGAGCGCCAGGCUGCCUCAGAGGAGAAGCGGAAGCUGGCCCAGCUACAGGUAGCCUAUCACCAGCUCUUCCAAGACUAUGACAACCACAUCAAGAACAGCAUGGUGAACAGUGAACGCAACCGAGGAAUGCAGCUGGAAGAUCUCAGGCAGCAGCUCCAGCAGGCCGAGGAGGCCCUGGUGGCAAAACAGGAAGUGAUUGACAAGCUGAAAGAAGAGGCUGAGCAGCACAAGAUUGUGAUGGAGACCGUUCCGGUGCUGAAGGCCCAGGCGGAUAUCUACAAGGCGGAUUUCCAGGCUGAGAGGCAGGCGCGGGAGAAGCUGGCUGAGAAGAAGGAGCUCCUGCAGGAGCAGCUGGAGCAGCUACAGCGGGAGUAUAGCAGGUUGAAGGCCAGCUGUCAGGAGUCUGCCAGGAUUGAAGAUAUGAGGAAGCGGCACGUAGAGGUCUCCCAGCCCCCCUUGGCCCCUGCCCCAGCUCACCAGUCCUUUCCCUUGCCCCCCCCGAGGAGAAGCCCCCCAGAGGAUCCACCUGACUUCUGUUGUCCCAAGUGCCAGUAUCAGGCUCCUGAUAUCGACACCCUGCAGAUACAUGUCAUGGAGUGCAUUCAGUAGGGCCGCCCACCGAUGACCAGCCCAGGACAGUGCAGUUUGUGCUUUCUUCUCCUGCCUGCCUAGUCCUGACUUACAGGUUAGGUGACAGACGGCGGGCCACUUCUUUGAGCCCCAAGAGCUAGCUGCAGGGAGUUCUGCUUCACCUCCCCCAUCUGCUGGUUGGUCUCUUCUUAGGGUACACAGCAUCCCAGCUAGGCCCGAUAUGCUGCUCUUUCUGUUCGUUCUGUCUGCUUGAACCACUUGCCUCCAGGGCUCCCUCUUCUUCCACCUCAACUGGGGAAGUCAAGAAUCAAGGCUGGGGCUCUCAGAACUGCUUCACAGCUUGAGAUGGCAGGGGGCCCUCCUUUUGGCCCAGGCCCAGCACAUGGUGGUGCCGGUGCACUCGAGGGCUGUGUGCUCUUCCGCUGGGAGGCUGCACCAUGGCGUUUGGGUUGUCAGUCAUUUUAUUGCCAUAAAAAACACCGCAGUGAAAACCCAUGUGCAUCAAUCAUGUGUGUCUUUGGGUUGGAUUCUUAGAAGCAAGCGGCCACACUGAGCAUCUGCGAAUGGGGUCAGUGGUGCUGGUGCCCCCCAGUGUGGUUUCCUGCUCUCCCUUCAUUCCCCAUAGCCUUGCCCCAGUGAGGGGUAUCAAGCUGUGGGCUUUUGUCAUCCACCAGGUGUAUAGUUCUCUAUUAAGAGUGAGCUUGAGCAUCUUUCAGAGCUUCAGGGUUCUUUUUCAAUUCUGGCAUGAAUGGCUUGUUUGUGUUUUUUGCCCAUUUUGUUAUUAGGCCGUUAGCAUUUGUUCCCUGGUUUGUAGGAGCUCUUUGGUCAUUAAUGGGAUCAGCUUUUCUGUGUGAUGGAAGCUGCGAUGACCUUUCCCUACUGUGACUUUGCACUAGCAUGUUUUGAAGUUUGUCAUCUUUGUGUAGUCACGUUUAUCCGCCUUUACUCCACUGCUUUGGGUUUGGAGUUGCAGCCACCUCUUGGUCUGAUGGGGGAUGCUCUUCACAAGUACACUUUACCUUUCCUUUUCCCAGCACUGAAGCAUGCUGUUGUUCUCCCUGAGAGCAUUGCCCUCUGGCCUGAGUGGCAGUGGCCACGUUUCAUCACAUUCUAGAAGUUUGGGACUCUGUUCCUUGCAUCAGUCCUAUACGCCCUGGCUUUGCAAAUGAAAGCCACUUGGCAAUCACUGGCAGAUUACAAAUACCAGAGGACUCUUGCUUGUUGUUUUGUAAGAUUCUGAAUAUUUCCUAGGAUGUCAAAGCCAUAGGCAUUUACCCUGUAACACUGUAAAAAAAAAAAAAAGGACAGUGGAAAUGGAGGAAGAAUACAUAUCAUUUACUCCUUGGUGCCCUGGCCCUCGAUCCUGCCUUCCUGCAAGCUCCCCUGUGUAGGAAUGGGAUGUUGCUAAUCCAUCCCUGAGCCUUCUCACAGGGUUGUCUGCUGUUUGGCAGUGAGAGGGCUGACUAGAAGUAGGACUUAAGUCUCAUGCUGGAAGAUGGCCAGCGGCUCCUUCUGAAAACAAGCCUGGACUAGGAGGUUUCUUGGUCUCUCCGGGGCUGGGACUGACUCCCGUUUCCUGAAGCCCAGGUGUCUAAAUGCAGAUUGUGCUUUGGGAAAAAAUUAAAGAUGCAGCCUGGUUCUCCACCCAUGGGUGCUACAUUUCAAUCCUAAUACCUCAGUUUUCUCAAGAGCACUUUUAGGUUUUUGAGGAUGUAUUAGUUUCCCAUGGCUGCUGUGAAAAAUGACCACAAACUCAGUGGCUUAAAACACCAGGAAUUCAUUUUUUACCAGUUUUGGAGGCCAGAAGUCUGAAAUCCAGUUGUGGGCGGGGUUGGUUGCUUCUGAAGAAUCAGUUCCAGGCUACCCUGCCAGCUUCUGGUGGCAGCCCUUGGUGUUCUUUGGCUGGUAGAUGUGUCACUGCACUCUCUGCCUCCAUGGUUACAUGGCCUCUUCUCCUAGGCUGACCAUGUCUUCUCUUCUGUCUCUUACGAGGACACAAGUCAUUGGAUUUAGGACUCACCUCUGCCAUCAGGGAGGAUCUCACCUCAAGAUCCUUACCUUCAUUAUAUCCACAAAUAAGUUUGUGGAUAUAUCCAUAAAUUUGUUUUUCCAGAUAAGGUCACAUUUACAAGUUCUGGGAGUCAGGAUGUGUGCAUACUUUAGGGGGUCACCAUUCAACCCAGUAUGGGGCAUCUUUUGGAGUCCACAGAUUAGGACAAGUGCAGUUGCAGGCAGGUGUCUUUAGGACCCGCAGCUGUGUUAGACGGCACGUUCCCCAGGCUGAUGGUGGCCACUGAGCUGCAAAAGCACAUGGUGCUUUAUGGCAAGGAAAGCUGGAGUUUGGUGCAGGGCAGGCCCUUGUAGGCGUGGGGACUGUUGUUUCUUAGGACAUCUCGUCUCCAGCUGGUCACUGCUACUGGAGCCAGCGGAUGUGGGCGGAGAAGGGGGUAAGCUGCAAUGUGAUGGAGCUGUUAAACCACCUGUGCCCUGAGUAGCGGCUGCUGGCUGGCUCUCGGGGUGGGCUUCAUGCUUCUAACAGGGUGAACAAAGGCACAUAGGAGCCCUUCUCUUACCAGCUCCCUCUUCUGGAAGGUGGUUGAAAGAAAGAAGAUGAGAUACAGGAACAGUGAGACAGGUGAACAUUCUCUUCCUGGGAACUUUCCUCAGGUUCUGACGGGGUGGUACCCGUAUGGGCCACACAGCUGCAGUAGCAGCUGAGAAUCUUACAGUUUCCCUCCUAGUCCCUGGACCACCUGAGUCGGGCCCACACAUGGCACUGGGCAGUGGCUGGGAGAUGCUGCUCUUUGGAACCUUGUCUUUUGUCUCUUUCCUUCUGUUGGGCCAACUCUAUACUCCACACCAGACAUUUUUAAGAAGAUUUGAUUUAUUUAUUUUUAAAGAGAGGGAGAGAAACAUCAAUGUGUGAGAGAAACAUCAAUCAGUUGCCUUCUACACACCCUCCAACUGGGAUCGGACCAGCAACCGAGGCGUACCCCCUGACUGGGAACCAAACGGCCUUUCACUUAGCUGCAUGACACUCAAUCAACCAAGCCACACCAGUCAGGGCUCCAUACCAAAGAUUUUAAACCAGGCUAUUUGCCCAGAAAAGAGGGAUUCUACUUCCUUUCUGACUUGACUUAGGUUGGGUUUCUGGAACAAGUGGUGGGAUGCUUCCUGUGAGGCAAGUAGCCUGCCUGAGUUAUUAGCCAUGGCCGUAUGAUUUUCCAGGCUGAGUCUAGGGGGUAGAAAUGCACAGCUGAAAGCACAUCCUGCUGGAACCUGUGUUGUUCCCUGUUGUUCACACACGCCGUCUGUGUUACCAGCUGCUUGAUGCUCGAGAGAAAUCCAGGUGGCCAGUAAAAUAAGCACAAUAAAAAGCACUUCUCUUGAGCUAGUAACUAAAACAACACAGACUCCAACUAAAACAAAAAGCAAUUUUAAAGUGCAGCAAAUAAAGACUUCUGGUGCUCCGCUGGCAAGGUGCAGGGGACAGGCCUGUGAUGCUAUACCUCCUAUGUGGCAGGAUGGAACAAGCACUCAGGAAGUGUCCUUAACCUGUUUAACUGUAAGAGUCAGGUACACACAGUGACUUUGGCACUGUAGAGGAGCUCAUUGAACCAUCAUUUGUAGCCACCAAAAACCACAGAAAAAAAACAAGCUGUAUGUCAACCACAUGCACCUGCACAGCCAGUGUUGUGAGCAUCUUGUGAUAAUGGAACACAAUAUGUAGCAUGUUGGUGUGAAAAAACCAAUAGACAAAGUUAUGUAUAAGGUGUGACCCCAAUAAAAAAGUACAGGCUGCAGAGGCACACCCUGCUACCAUGUGGGUGGGAAAAUGGUACUGUCAUUGAACUUUCCAAAAGAAAAAAGGCCCUUUCUCUUAUGCAUACAAAUCAGUAUUUAUGUAUGAAAUUAUAUGAUGCUUCAUUAAGUAAGCUAUGGCAGCACUCAUAAUUUUUCUACAUAAAAGUUUGUAUAACAUUA